CAUUUAGUAUUAUCUGUGAAGUAUCCGUGUAUUUUAUUUAUUAUUGAAUACGUUUGGUGUGUAUCCGAUACAGAUACAUCAACCAUAACGUUGUAUCCGUGCUUCAUAGGCUCCUACCAAAGGUACUGGUAGUUUAAGUGAUAACUAACAAGAGCAGAAGUAGGAAAUAUUAACCCGAGUUAGUUGUUAGCUUUUAUGUUUGUGUUUUUAUGAUCUUUAUAAUUUCUGUUAGUUUCCUACUUUCCUUAACAGCCAAACAGAUUGAAAUUCCCCACUUGAACGUGUUAAUAUCGCUUUUCAUAAUGCGGUUGUCAUUUUUUUGGCUACAAUGUGGCUAGCUUGGCUCAAGCUGUCUCUUUCAUCCGUAGGCUGUCAAUUGACUAGUUGUAUUUUUCACGGUUGACUUUAAUGCACUGCAUUUUUUCAUUUCCAAUUGGUAAUAUCUGACUGGUUACAAUUAAAAUUUAAAUUAGUGUGCUAUCAAAGGUUGUAAGUUACUACCAACCACUGUUUUGGGCCACAUGUUGUGCUGGGUGUUUGUCUUUCUCCUAGGGAUCACUUUUGUUGAUUACAAUGGUUUCUUUUUUAUUCUUGCUAGUGCUUUUAAUGUUUAAGAUCUUUGGUUGAUAAAGAUUUAAGGUUAUCCUAACAUUAUUCUUACAGUUUUGGCAAAUUUAAGAAGUAAAAUUCAGUUACUUGAAAUUAUGUCAUUGUUUGGAUUUCAAGGCUUACAUCCUGGGUAAAAUGGCCUAUAGCUAUUCGGUUGAUAAUUUUAUUGAGCUUUUUCUAUGUUUGGACAUUGUAUAUCAGCUUUGGAGAGUUUACACAUCAAAACCUUUGAAGAUUUGAAUUUCCAUGCCCUUUCUAAUUCAGAGUUGUUGAUUUUACUAACUUUUCUUUGGAUGCUGAGAGAACUAGGGAAAAUCAAGAAAAAAUAGUUUUUUUCCAUUUUAUUUAUUAUUUUUUUAUUUCAUUUUUUGAGAAAAGAGAAGGAAACAAUUUAUGAAGGAAGGCGGGGCUACUUGCAUUAGGCUCAAAUGAGUGGAGGAUUUGAGUUUUCUUUCUGGGUUUGCUUGAUUUUUUUAAUGCUCCUGUAUUUUCCUGCCAUUGUGCAGACCAUGAAGUGUCACUCGCACAAACGAAUCCAUUUCAUGGUUUGAUCAUCAAGGUAAUUUUUUGUGAAAUGUUCACUGCUACCCAACAAUUAUUAAGAAAAAAGAAAAAAGAAAAAGCUCUCAUCCCACAUGGAAUGAAACACUUGCUUUGAUCAAUCUCUUGUCAUGGUUGGGUGACGAUCAAUUUAGUGCAAUGUGGAUGUGAACAAUGCUCCACUGAAUCAGAUAUGUGGAUGCACAUUUCUAGUUUGUAUUUUCUGGCUCUGUACAGUGUUUUAUCUAUUGCUAAGUUAUUACGCCAUUGUCUAAAUACUCCAUCAGCUGUAUAAUUUAGUCAGGUUAAAAUUUGAAAAGAAUGAUAUGUUUCAUUGAAUUGAAUAUUACUUCAUGGUGGUUAUAAGGGGUUGAUUCUUAAUGCAAAUGUUUCAAGUCUUGGUUGUUGGUUCUAAGUGUAGUGCAACAUCUAUCAUAACAACUGCUUGCUAUUCUUGAAAUGCUUGCAAAAUAUGCUGUUCGGUUAUUGAUUUUACUUCUCAGGUUACUCAUUCAGUUUUAACUGAUUUGUCCCUAAAUCAUAUGGACUUUAACGGAAGUCGUAGCAACAUCUCUUGGAAUUAGAGCCUUAAAGAGACAACAUAUUAGCUUAUUUUGGGUGCUGAAUUUUUGCAUGUAGUAGUACAGGGGAUGUGCCAUCUACCUGUUGCUGGGACAAAAUAAAAUAUGAGGGGAAGAUCAGAUGGAUCGCAGAAACGCUUGCUCACUUCUGUUGGUGUUGUGGCAGUUUUUCUUGUUUUUUUGUAUGUGUAUUUUGGCUCUAAGGGCAAUGGAGAGUCAGCUCUAGAAUAUGGCAGCCGUUCUUUGAGGAAACUCGGUUCGUCUUAUUUGGGUGGGGAUGAAGACACUGAUCUUGGAAGCAAGCAAGAUGAAUCUUCAUCCAAGUUUGGGCUGGAAUAUGGAGAUGAUGGUAUCAUACCAAAGAGCUUCCCUGUAUGUGAUGAUCGACAUUCAGAGUUAAUUCCGUGCCUAGACAGACAUCUGAUAUACCAAAUGAGACUGAAGCUGGAUCUGUCUCUGAUGGAGCACUAUGAAAGGCACUGCCCUCUCCCUGAAAGGCGAUAUAAUUGCUUGAUUCCACCCCCACCGGGGUAUAAGGUCCCCAUCAAGUGGCCAAGGAGUAGGGAUGAAGUGUGGAAAGCCAACAUACCUCAUACUCACCUAGCACAUGAGAAGUCUGACCAGAAUUGGAUGGUUGAAAAAGGUGAAAAGAUAGUAUUUCCUGGGGGAGGUACUCAUUUCCACUAUGGAGCUGAUAAGUACAUUGCGUCACUUGCUAAUAUGCUCAACUUUACAAACAGUAAUUUGAACAAUGAGGGAAGACUACGGACAGUUCUUGAUGUUGGUUGCGGUGUUGCAAGUUUUGGAGCUUAUCUUCUUUCAUCUGAUAUAAUAGCAAUGUCCUUAGCACCUAAUGAUGUCCACCAAAAUCAGAUCCAAUUCGCUCUAGAGAGAGGAAUUCCAGCAUAUCUUGGAGUUCUGGGCACAAAGAGGCUUCCUUACCCAAGCAGAUCUUUCGAACUUGCUCACUGUUCGCGUUGCAGGAUAGAUUGGCUUCAGAGGGAUGGGAUCCUUCUACUCGAGUUAGAUAGGGUGCUUAGACCAGGAGGCUAUUUUGCAUACUCAUCUCCUGAAGCAUAUGCACAGGAUGAAGAGGAUCUCAGAAUAUGGAGAGCAAUGAGUGCACUUGUUGACCGCAUGUGUUGGAAAAUAGCUGCAAAAAAGAACCAGACUGUAAUUUGGGUCAAACCUCUAACAAACGACUGUUACAUGGAAAGGGAGCCCGGUACUCAACCUCCUCUCUGCCGGUCUGAUGAUGAUCCGGAUGCAGUGUGGGGUGUGGCAAUGGAAGCAUGCAUCACUCCUUACUCUGAUCGUAAGUAUCUUAUACUUUUUAUUGCUCAUGCCAUAGUUGUCUUCCUUUCACUGAAGGCCAGUGCUUACAACAUGCCUGUUUAAACUUGAUUCAAAAAUGCUCAUUACUUGGGAAAUGAGAUUAUAGAUGCCACUUAUUGGUUGGAAUGUUUAUUUUUAUUUUUUACUGAUAUAACUCCUUAAAAGAGACAGCGAAACGUUGAUGAAGCAGUAUUUACAGUUAUUCAAUUCAUGAGCUUUAUCUAGUCACCUCCACUGGCAUAUCAGCCAUUUAGAUUUGGCAUACAAUCUCAUAUGCUAUCCUCUCGGAUGGUACAUUGUCCUCUGUACACUUUACAUAUUUGAUAAGAAACAAACUUUCAUUUCAUAAGAAGUGUAUGAAGUACAAAGAUGGUGGAUAAGAAAUCCAUCCAAUAACAAAAGAAAAAAAAAUUAGCUAGAUGCAGCUUUCUAAUUAUGUAGCAAUAUCGAUAAAGAAAUGUCACGAAAGUGAUUUGAAGCCACUGCUUAAAGAGAAGCUAAAAACUUCACUCUAUCCCACAA